AUGGGGUUCAAGUUAUAUCUUCUGAUCGCUUCUGUCAUCGGUGCAGUUUCAACACAAUCUUUCCGAGUAUGCGUACCAGAAUCCACGCCGUCGGCCACUUGCCAAAGCAUGAGCAAGGAUGACAGUCAAGUGCAAUGUCUGCGAGUUGAAUCCAGGGUGGACUGCGCUCUGAAGCUAGCGUCGUCUGAAGCUGACAUCGGUUUCUUCAACGAAGAGGAAACUCUUCUGCUGGCACAAGAGCAACCUGAACAUCACAGAGUGAUCGCUACGGUACGGGACAGCACCAGACUCGAUCCGUACUCCUUCGAAGCUGUGGCCAUAGUACCAGCCACCCACACUAAUGGUUUGGAAGGUCUACGUGGAGGUGUGUACUGCCACCCUGGACUGGGCCAUCCGGAAGUCAGGUGGUCGCCAAGAGUACUCAAGACCUUAGAAGAGCAGGCUGCCCGAACGGACCGCUGUCCUGAUGUCGAAACUGCAGGGAAGACCGCCGAAGAGGUGGAGGUGGAAACACUCAACUCAUUCUUUUCAGCCGCUUGCCGUCCAGGAGCCUGGAGUGCUAACGCAACCGUUGACGCUAAUCUCAAAUCUCGUUUCCCAAACCUGUGUUCCCUCUGCGGGGAGAACUCGAACUGUAAUGAAUAUACCAUCGACAUGGGCGUGCUAAUAGCUGGAAUCAGGAACGACAACAGACAUAUUCAAUCGUUGCAGUGUUUGAAUAUUAACUCGAGAGUGGCAAAUAGAUCUGCGGUCGCUUAUGUGGCGUGGCAGCAUGUCAGAGAAUAUUUCACUAUACGCAAUACUGAGGACGUGAACUCUUUCCAUGUACUCUGCCCCAACGGUACCACCAUACCUCUCUCGGUCGAGAAUCUGGCCAGCACCGUAUCUCCCUGCUCCUUCGUGAGUCAACCAUGGGGCACCAUUAUUGCCAACCCGACCCACGCACCGACUCUCCUGAGCGCUUUACAACAAUGGUGGCCAAACGGGAUGAACCCUGGACAGAACACAUGGCAGUCUAUCAUGUUUAACGCCGUAGCUGGAGGCGUCAAUGCACGCAUAGUCUUCGAGAACUCCCCCGUUUUUCCAGUAAACUAUACGCGAGCAAUUCGCCAAAUCAGCCCAAUAGAGUCAACAUCUUCGUGCCUGCCUGCUAGACGCUGGUGUGUCAUAUCUGAACCUGAGCUGUUAAAAUGCAACUGGGUUCGCAGUGCUUCCUACGUUUUAGGAGUCCAACCCCCAAUAUCCUGCCAGUUGAGAAGAAAUAUCCUAGAAUGUCUCGCUGACAUCAGAGACAAUAAUUCUGACUUUAUUGCUGCUGGUUCCAACUACGGAUAUCUUGCGAGAAGCCUGUAUCAGCUGGGACCUGUGAAGCUUGUACAAAAUUCUCAACAGGAUGCAGCUAGAAUUGCUGCUUUUGUCAAUGAGGCGGCUGCUUCCAGUGAAAAUAUCACCAGAUUCGAGAACCUAAGAGGCAAGAGGGCUUGCUUCCCUGAAUUUGGUGGACUCGCGUAUAUGGCAUUCGUUCGCGCGGGCCGAGAGCGCGGCGUCCUGCCUAACUCAGAGUGUGACUAUGCACGUGUGGUGGGAGAAUUCUUCGAAGGUGCCUGUGCGCCCGGAGCGAUUGAUGCAAGUCAUUCAAUCUCAAAUUCAACGACGUUUAACGCCUCCGUUCUUUGCUCAGCCUGUCGACCCAACACCGACGUAGCGGCUAAUGUUUCUGCAGAUCAGCCGAUCUGCACGUGGGAUCAAUCGAACUUGUUCUUUGGUAACAACGGCUCUCUGGCGUGCCUCAAUAACCCGAACAACGAUGUCGCCUUUUUGAACACAAGGAACAUUACUCGAUAUCUACAAAGUAUGAACCUAAAUCCUAAUCAGUUCCGUGCUCUGUGUCGGGACAACACCUUGGCAAGCCAACCUGGAACUAAUGUCGAUGAUAAUUGUCUGCUUGCAUUCGUGGUGGACGCUGAAGUCCUUACAAGAAGAUCGGACCCUCAAUUCAACAGUUUAAACGUAUUAUUAGACUGGAUAGAGUUAUAUUUCGGAUAUAACGCAGCCAGUGGCAGUCAACUCAUCAACUUCGAGAUAUUCUCUCGGUUCCGAGGCAUCAGCAAUCUAUUAUUCAAAGACUCCACUAUUGACCUCACGGAGCCUUCUAUUACGUCUACGCACGCACCGGCAAGAAAUUAUAUGGAGUUAUUCCAACAUCUGGAUGCUUGCACAGGAGCAGCUCCUGGUGUUGCAUCUAAGAGCAUUUAUUCAGUUUUAACCAUUUUUAUUAUGGGAUUUAUUACUAGGUUUGUAAUCGCUUAG